AUGUUAAUCCACCCGAAGGUCCUAGUUCCAAGUCUAUUAUGGUGGAGGAUAAGUCUUCAAACAUCAUUGGGAACUUUAUCUAAUAAGGACUCAAACAUUAAUAUGGGUGAUGAUACUUUGACAUCUGCUCCAGAUACUUCAACUGGUCCACCACCACCACCUUCGUCGCCAUCACCAACUUCGACUAUUAUAUCAAUAACUCUUUUUGUUGUUUCUCCUAAAUUUGCAGGUACCAUAAAUGAGCAUAUAGCUUAUCUAUUUUUUUAUCAGUCAGCAAAUCAAGAGACGGUGAAUAUCGAAGAAGAUGAAAUGGUUGAAUUUGCUGAGGUUGAGUUCGAUCAUGAAGAAGUUGAUGUCGAUGAAAACAUGAUCAUGUCAGGCAAGAAUGGAAAUUCCUUAACUCUAAAAUCAACCCUAUUCUCCCAUUUCACAAUGAUAAUGUUGGGAAGUCCUCUGUGA